AUCAAAAACAAAAAUGGCCAUCUUCAAAAAGACUUCUUUGUGCCUGUUGAUCUCUCUGAUGUGGACUUUGGCAGCUGGGGAAACCCCCAUCCGGCAAUGUGCUACUGGCAGCUAUCCUUUGCCUUUAAUGGUGCAGAUCGAUGAAUGCGACUCAUCGCCUUGCGAUUUGUGGAAGGGUUCCGAUGCCAGGAUAGAUAUUCAGUUUGUGGCAACUCGCAAUACAAUGAAGAAACUGUCAGCUGAGGUUCACCUUACCUCUUUGGGCGUCACCAUACCCUAUGACCUGGAGGCCUCCCGCGGCAAUGUCUGCACCAAUCUCUUGCAUGGCGCCUACUGCCCUCUCGACGCUGGCGAGGAUGUAACCUACGAGCUGCUUCUCCCAGUAGGAACCAGCCAGCUAGAGGUGCCCACUCGCCUGGAAGUGCGUCUCCUGGACUCCGAGAAGGACAAUGAAGUGGUGGCCUGCUUCCUGGCCGAUACACGUGUCAAGAAGCCGACCACAUCCUAAGCCACAUAGUAUAAGCCCAGUAGUGUUUAAGGCCAAACAUUGUAUCAAUGUUUCCAAUUAUUAGCGCGUAAGCUGUUGGGCACUUAAGCCCGGCAAACACUAUUAGCACUUAUGAAUAAAUAAUAAGGGGAAAAUAUUAUAAAUAAUCGA